AUGGAAUGUGAUAUCUGCGCAGACAUUGCAUUGAAGAAAAGAUCGUCUAGAAAGCUCAGCGACAUCAUAUUAGAUUGCUGGCAGAGAGAGUACGAUAGACGGCCAUAUGCUCAUGUUAUAUUUCAUGGAAACGUAUUCGAACGCAAAUUUUUUCGUAAAAUGACGGACGACGAUUUUCUGAUGAUCUUACAAUUUUUGGAAUUGCGAGCCAUUAAACAUUUUGAAUUUCUGCAUUGCGCUGUACCUGCAGCAUAUACGCUACUCUUUCUGAAGUGUCUCGAUGAUUUGGUAAGCGUGAACUUUACACAUUCCGAUGUACCCUGGGAAAUGUAUCGAUAUUUGGCAGAGAAUGCAAAACAUCUAUCGUUGAAGACACUAAAGCUGUGUGGAAGUGAAAUUGAUGAGAAGCGAUCCGAACAUCUUCGAAUGUAUUUGUCGCAAACGGAGAAGCUUGCCCACAUCGAUGUGAGCAGCUGUGGCCUCAAUCACAUAACGUUAGCAAUUAUCGCUGAUGGAAUAUUGAAUUGCAAAAAUCUGCGAUCGGUUGAAUUGAGCAACAUUGUUCCGCACCAUCCACAACAUAUUGUUGACAUACCGAAAAUUUCAGUCAUUUUGUCCAUUUUAAUAUGGAGAAGCCGUUUGAUAGAAGUGCACUACCGUAAAAUUGGUCUCGGUUGCUCCGGAUUGGGCAUAAUUUGUGAAAAUAUUUCGGUUGGUUUCUUACGAAUUCUGGACAUUGGUGCAAAUUGCAUUGGACCUGAUGGAACAGAAGCAUUAUUUCUGGCUCUAAGCAACAGUAAUAUUGAAGCACUUCUAAUGCCGUUCAAUAAAAUUGGAGAUGCGGGGGGAGAUGUGAUUGCCAAGCAUCUGAGCUCUACAAAACUAAAACAUCUUGACAUCAGUUACAAUCAAAUAUCGUCUCAAACAAUGGAGCUGAUACUAACCAAUCUGACCAAAUGCAAUCGUGUGGCAAUAUUGAACAUUUAUGGCAACGAUUUUGAUUCGCCAACCAUUGGCAGCGUUUUACACAUUUUGAUAACGAAUCACAUUUUAAGUGCUAACGGACUGGAUGUGUCGGUCAAUUAUGUUGACGGAAUUCAUCAGAUUUUUCCCAUGGAUAAUCCAACCAUCAACAAUUACCAGAAAUUUAAAAAACUGUCGCAGUAUUGCGCGAAAGAAAACAUAAGCCCACAAACAUUGCUGUGGUUCAAGAAAAACUUAAGGCAUGUGGUUGGCGACGAUACCCGAAAUGAUGAAGAUAACCAAAAAUUUUCAUGUUAACGUAAAUUUUACUGCAUUAGUCACACUUUCGUUUAAAAUUUUCGAAUCU